GUUUUGUUCUAGGGCUCUUGGAAGCCAUGGUGAUGGCGCUCCAGAUUUCCGCGUCGUCGCCGGCCUUCCCGAUCGAUUCUCCAGCUCCAGCUCCACGAUUCGUGUAUCCGCGAGCAAUGCCGUCGAUCCGAUGGCCGCAGCACAGCGAUUACGCCUCGAGAAGGACAGGAAGAGGCACCGCCGAGGAGAGCGAGGACUCGCCAUCGCAUUCGCAUUCGCAUUUCCAGCAAGAGAAUGCCGCCGGGGAGAGGGAGCCGUUGUACGUGGUUCUGGAUCCCCAGAAGCCGAAGAAGAUGUGGCGGCAGUACCGCGGUGAGUACCUCCAGCCGCCGCUCAUGGCUGUGCUAGAGCCCGUCAAGCCGCGCAAGAUGUCCAAGCUCGCGCUCAAGCGCGCCAAGGACUGGCGGCAGCGCGUCCAGCGGCUGUCGGACGCGAUUUGCCGGCUGGACGAGCACGAAUUCGUGCGCGAGACGGUGGAUGGCUGGAAGGAGCAGCUCGCCCCCACGGAUUUGUGCUACGUCGUGAAGCGAGUGGCAAACACGAGCUGGCAGCGCGCGCUGGAGCUCUACGAGUGCCUCAACGUUGCUCGCUGGUACGCUCCCAAUCCAAGGAUGCUGGCGGUGAUGCUAUCGGUGCUGGGGAGAGCGAAUCAGCCCGGCCUAGCGCAAGAGCUCUUCGACCGAGCGGAGUCGAGCAUUGGCAAUUGCGUCCAAGUUUACAACUCGCUCAUGAGCGUCUACGCGAGGCAUGGAGAUUGGAACAGCGUCCAGCAGCUUCUCUGCCGGAUGCAAGAUAGAGGAUGCCGGCCGGAUCUCGUCACCUUUAACAUCGUGAUCAAGGCGAGAACUCGGGGUGGCAUGCAAGAGGGUCUCGCCUCCUCGCUCCUCCAGGACGUCUACGCUGCUGGUCUCAGGCCGGAUACCAUCACGUACAACACUUUGAUCAGCGCUUGCAGCCUCAACAACAGGCUGAGCGACGCCAUUUUGAUCUUCGAGGAGAUGCAGCGGCAGGGGUGUGAUCCGGAUAUCUGGACGUACAACGCGAUGAUCUCGGUCUAUGGUCGAGCUGGGAGAGUCGAGGCUGCGAGCUCCAUCUUUAGGAUCAUGCAAGAGCAGGGCUUUACUCCGGAUGCCGUGACUUACAACUCGGUGCUCCAUGCUUUCGCCAGGGACGGGAGGAUUGAGGAGGUGGAGAGGAUCCGAGGGAUGAUGAGAGACGCCCGCUGCUCCUCGGACGAGAUAACGUACAACACGAUGAUACACAUGUAUGGGAAGGCGGGGAUGCACAGGAAGGCCGAGGAGCUUUACGUCCAGAUGAAGGAGGAAGGACGCUGCCCGGAUUCGGUGACUUUCACGGUUUUGAUCGACACGCUCGGCAAGGCUGGGUUUGUGAACGAGGCAGCGGCUAUGUUCGAAGACAUGCUCAAGUCGCAAGUCAGGCCAACUCUGCAAGCUUUCAGCGCCAUGAUUUGUGCGUAUGCAAAGGCGGAUAUGUUUACUGAUGCGGAACACACUUACAGCUGCAUGCUUCGUGCUGGAGUUCGUCCCGACCUCUUGGCUUACUCGGUGAUGCUGGACGUCUUCUUCAAGGCUGGAAUGCCAGAGAAGUGCAUAAUUCUAUACAAGGCUAUGGUUGGCUCGGGCUUGAAGCCGGAGCUCAGCGUCUACGCCAUCAUGGUUCGGGUCUUCUAUCAGAAAAGUUCUGUAGCGGAGAUCGAGAACCUUAGCAAGGAGAUGGUGCAGUCCAGUGCUAGCUUGGCCGCGCUUUCUUCCACGCUUGCUAAAGGUGGAUUCUAUGCGGAAGCCGCGGUUGUGUUGAAGAUCUCCUUUGCGCAAGGGGUGGCAGUGAAGGUGGAAACACUCAACGACGUUCUCGGUGCCUUUGAGGCAUCCGGGAAGCUCAGUGACGCGCGAGAUUUGGUUCACGCGGUGUCGAGCAUCGAGCCUAGUGUUGCUGCUCACCUGUACAAGAGACUGGCGGUGAUGCUGGCAAAAGCUGGAAGGUUCAGUGAAGCGGAGGAGGAGAUGAGAACAUCUCAGACUUACGGCCAGGUACAGGUUUCCGACUUUCUCAAGGUGUUGGUCGCUUCCUAUGAUCGAGCUGGCAUGCAAGACGAAGCUCUUGCUCGGUUUCUGGAUAUGACAACAGAGGGAUUGGAAAUGGACGCUGAAGUUCUUCAAACUGCUGUGAUGUGCUACUGUCGCAAGGGGUUUGCUUUCGUUGCGCACGAGCUUCUGAUCGAUUGCCUCCAUGCCUUUGACGUUAAGGACUCAGCCAUGCACGUUGCGAUUAUCGCAUCUUAUGGAAAGUUGAAGCUGUGGCAGAAUGCCGAGAUCGUUUUCAGAGAUUUGCAGCAGCAUGGUUUUGCUGGAAACACAUCCGCCUACAGCGCGUUGCUCUCAGCUUAUGCCGAGACUGGAAACUUUGAGCGAGCUACGAGAGCACUGGACAAUAUGGUGGCCGCCGGUCUACAGCCCAACGCUACCUGUGCAAACUACGUGCUCGAAGCCUUUGGGAGAGCUGGGAAAGCAAAAGAGAUAAGUGAGUUCUUUCAGCGCUUGCCUGAGAUGGGGAUAAGUCCUAACUCAAGAACGUUUGUGGUGAUUUUUCAUGCUUUUAGCAGGAAUGGAAAUCUGGAAGAAGCUAGGAGCAUGUACCGGCAGAUGAAAGAGGCCGGAUUUUCUCCCAGCAUCCAGGUGUUCAAGGCUUUGCUUGCUUUAUACUCCAGAGAAACGGUUGAGAUCGAUGCUGAAGAGCUUGUCAAGGACAUCAAGAAGGCAGGAUUGGAGCUCGACAUAGAUAUCUAUAACCAUAUGAUCAGCUUAUACAGCAAGCUCGGAAGCUACAGAAACGCGGCCUUGGUCUUCAAAGGGAUGCAAGAAAUAGGCUGCUCGCCGGAUGCCACCACUUUCAACACACUUAUCAUGCUCUACAGCCGCAACCAGAUGGUGCAAGAGGCUCAAGCUCUUCUCAGGGAAAUGAUUAAAACAGGCAAUGCUCCAAACAUCUCGACGUACACGACACUCAUCUCGGCUUACGGUCGUCUCCAGGCAUAUGAGGAUGCUGAGCUUGUUUUCAAGAGCAUUGCGGAAACCGGGUGCAAGCCUGAUGCUACAGCGUACAAUGUGAUGAUCAACGUGUACCGGAAAGCUGGGGAGCACAGGAAGAUAGAGGAGAUCAUAGAGCAGAUGAAAGUCGAUGGCUUUGAACCGAGCCUGACGACGAUUCACAUGCUCAUGGAUUCUUACGGGAAAGGUGGUGCUACUGGAAAGGCCGAAGAGGUUCUCGAAACGCUACCAGAGAUUGGAAUGAGCCCGGACGCCAUCCACUAUACGAGCAUCAUCAACUCCCACUUGAACAACAAGGAUUAUUUGUCUGCGGUGAUAUGGCUGAGAAAGAUGACCGACGCUUGUGUUCGGCCCACUCAUGUUACAAUAACUUGCUUCGUCGGGGCUGCGUCGGUCUGCGAAAGGUCAAGUCAUGCGUUGAUGCUUCUGAAAGCUUUGUCCGAAGCUGGUUUCUCGCUCCCUUUGAGGCUUAUGACCGAAUGCACUCCCAAGGUGGUGCAGGACAUGCAAGACAUAUUCGAUCAGUUGCAAGAGUCUGGCCCCGAAGCAUGCCAAGGGGUUGUAAACGUGCUUAUGGACUUGCUCUGGGCAUUCCGGCAGUGCGCAACAGCAGCUUUGGUGUUUGCAGUGGCGAUUGAGAGCAACAUUUACACCCAAGUUUUAGCCAGGGUGAAAGACAGGAACUGGGGAGCGGACUUUCGUAGACUGUCGCCAGGGGCCUCACUGGUCGCUUUGAUACUCUGGCUGGAUCAAAUGCAGGACGCUUCACUGCAAGGAUCGCCAGUUCCACCAAAGUCCAUCCAGAUAGACAUAGGAAGCAGCAAGCUAAACAACCAGGCCUCGGUGAGAAACACAAUCAAAGCUCACCUUUGGCAGAUGGGGUCACCGUUUCUUCCAUCGAAAACGAGGGCCGGAGUCCUGGUCGCAAAGAGCCACGCUCUGUGCAUGUGGCUCAAGGAAUCGCCUUACUGCCUCGACCUGGAGCUCAAGAACACGAAGACUCUGCCCGACACAAACGCCAUCCAGGUUUACAACGGUGCUUUCGUGUGGGCCGGGCUGGCACCGGCCAUCCAAGAGAUCGACGAGACAAUGGGGGACAUACUCCCCAAGAAGUUCGCCAGGCUCGUCCAUCUCACCCCGGAAGGACGAACAGCGGCCAUGGAAGCCGACUUGAGGGGGAGAGCUGAAAAGCUGGCCAAGCAGCUCAGGGUGAAGCUCCCGAAAGCUAGCAGUCAAGUGGAGAAGAAGAAGGAAGAGAAGAGGCUGAGGAAAGCUGGGAAGAUGAGGCAGUCACCAAAGCUUGCAAGACCAAGAGAGAAACAAAGGUUUGAUGAUAGCAAAAGCCUCAAUAAUAUAAGAGUUUGAUCAUACUCUCAA